CAAAUAUAGUAAAUUUGCUUAAGCUUUUAGGAAUAUUUUAAAAAGUAGAUAUUAAAAUUUGAUAAGUGUAUUUAUUAUUAUUAAUUUUCAAGCACCUUUACAAGAUAAUUCAUAUUUCAAAGCUUAAUGAACUAACAUUAAAGAAUUUAGCUUUUAAAUUCUCAAUAAUAGCCAGCUUAAAUUUAAUAGAAUGGUUUGCAUACCCAUUCUUAGCAAGGAAUGCAUAGUCAUAGCAGUAAAACUAAUAUUGCUUCCUUUUAAAACUAAUAAUAGUAUAAUAACUAACUUUCUAAUGUUUAGCAGUAAGUAAGCGGGAAUCCAAAUAUGAAUUCGAGCAGAAAUUCUUAGUAGUAAAUAUAUUCUUCUGCUCAAUCUGCAAUUGUACCUAAUCCAUUUUAAAAUCUUUCAAUCCCAUAAUAAACUAAGUAAAGAUCGAAUAACCAAAGAUCUGUUUCUUAGUCUCACGGGGUUUCUGCUAUUAUUUAAAAUUACCAUAAUUCAAAUUAAAAUUAUACAAGUGAAAUUUUGAACAAUUCAGUUGAUCAUUCUCCAACGAACAAGCCAUAGUCUUUGUCAAAUCUAAAGCAAAAGCAAUAUAUGUUUAAUUCACCAUCUUAAGUGAAUUCAGGAUCUCAAAAACUGAACGACUCUCCGUAGAUAAUAAAAUAAAAUAUUUCUACAAGCAAUUAGAAUGUUAUUAUUGGUUCAUAGUAAAUAUUAACAGGAAAUCCUAUUUCUAACUAGAUUUACAACUCUAAUCAGUUAAACAACACUCCUCCAAGAUAAAAUAAUAUCCCAAAAGGCUCUCAUUAUAACAACUCUGCAGGUCAAUCUUCAAAUAGCUCCUUAAAUGUUUUAUAGCCAUCGAAAGCUUUUAUCAUUAACCAGCAGAUGCAAAACUAGUAAUAAAUACAAUAAAUUUAAUAAAUGAAGCAACUAGAUUCUUAAACCCAACAAUAAUUAUUACCCUUACAAUUACAAUCUCAAUCUCAACAACCAAAUAGUUAGUCGCAAAAGCAAUUGUAAUAACAAAUAAUAUAAUAACAAUAAUAAACACUAUAACAAUAACAACAAUAACAAUAAUAAUACUAAAAUAAUUAGCCAAAUAUUUUUUAACAAAGACAGUAGCCUCACUAACAGAAUGUUUAAAGCUAGUAAUAAUUAAUAUUAAAUUAGUAAUAAAUUUUAGCUUAGCAAUAGUACAUGUAAUAAGAACACUAAAACAGAUACCAAAGUAAUUUAAAUAAUAUGAGCAGUAACAGUAAUAUAAAUAACAAUAGCACUAAUGAAAUAACUCUUAAUAUGUAUUUGUCCCAUAAAAAGAAUAAUUUAAAUAGCAAUUCUAGUGCUGGAAAUGCUUUAUAAAGUUUGCUUAAUAGUUAACCAUAAGUAAAUUCAUAAUAAAAAUCAAAUUAAACUUACAGUGGUCAAUAGAAAUAACUUUAAUAAAGUCUUUCUAAGAAUAACAACACAUCCAAUUUCUUUAAUAAUGUUUAGAAAAAUUCAAUCAAUAACAACAAUCAUAAUAAUGAUAAUUCAAGUAUGUGGCUUAACCAAUAUGAGAAUAUGGAUAGAGAAAUUCACUAAAAUGAGCACCAGCUAUAAUAAGAAAGGGAUUAAUUUUUAGAUAAGAUUCGUGAUUUAGAAGAAAAGAAUAAAGAGCUGAGGCAGUUUGAAAAAGAAAAUAUUUAAUUAAAGUAGCAACUGUAUGAAAUUCAAAUUAAAUCAGAAGAAGAUAAAAACCAUGAAGUCACUAUGUUCAAGGAUGACACCACUAUAUUUUCUUAAAAAGAUUACAAUAUUCAGAGAUUAUAGUCACUUAUUUAGGAAGAUGUUGAGAGUAAAAUAAAAACAUUUUCAAAUAUAGAGGAUAUUAAAAUACUCUGUAUCGAGAAAGAAAUAGAAAUUGAGUAGCUGAAGAAAAGAAUUGAUGACUUGGUUAAUUAAUAGAGCAGUUAAAUUCUUUCAGGUACUUAGCCAGAUAUUGUUACUUAGAAUGCAGACUUGCAGAACGAACUCAUGCAGAUGAAAUAAAAUAAUUAAAAAUCUAAAGAAAUUAUUUAGCAGAAAUAAUUGGAGAUUGAACAACUAAAGAGUGUUAUUUAGAAGUAGCAGUUGGAAAGCUAAAAGGCUCUUUAGACUGGCAUUUCUGGCAUGCCUUCAACUGAAAGAAGAAGCAUUUCUUACAGAAUGUAGGAAUCUUCAAGGGAAAACAACUAAGCUAACACUUAAAUUUAUGAGCAGAGAAUUCAAGAGAAAGAUAAUUAAAUUGGAUAAUUACAUACUAAAAGAGAAGAAUUAAAAACAAUGGUGCAAGAGAGAGAUAAUUAAAUUAAUCACUUAAGGAAGGAAUACAUUACUGUUUAAGGACGUCUAUCUAAACUUGAAUCAGAAAACUUUGAUAUCAAUCGCAAAUACAAAGAGUUGUAGUCAUUAAUUCAAAGCAAGACUCUUGAAUGUGAAGACUGGAAAAAUAAAUUUAUAGAGACUGAUAGAAAAAUAGAGAAUAUCCCACAAUUACAAAUAGAACUAAAUAGAAACUAAGAAACUAUAAAAGAUUUAAAUCAGAGAAUAGAGUAGCUUAUUAAUGAAAAUAGCGGUUUUAAAUUAAGGAUAGGGGAGAAAUUCGGAGUGGAAAACAGAAUAAAUGAAAAAGAAAGGGAAAUAGAAAACAUGAUUACCAAAAUCAAUGAACAAAAAAAAUAAAUUCAAGAAUUUCAAGCCAAAGUUGUGGAAUUGCAAAAUAUAGAAAAAAGUAAAGAGAUACUAUUCAAGCAAUAUAAGCUUUUUUGUGAAGAAAACAAUUCUCUUAAAUAAGAUAUUUAAAGUCAAUUAGAUAAAAUUUAAUCAUUAGAAAAUUAAGUUCAAGAAAAUAUUUAAGAUAUUUCUUUAUAUUAAAACGAAAAUAUGCAAAUCAAAAAAGAAAUCUUACAAUUGAAGCUAGAAAACUCGUAGUUAUAAGCUAGCCUAUAAGAUGCAGUUUAAGAAAAGAAAGAUUUGUAAUCUGAAAAUGAGAAAUUAAAUGAAACUGUAAAUCAAUUAAAGCAAAAUUUGUCAAAUACUUUGAGUGAUACCAAAGAGAGAGCUUAGAAAGUUAGUUAUUUAACUCAUGAAAAUUAAAAUUUAGCUAAUGAGCUUAAAAAAAAUAAGCAAGAAUUAGAGAGAGUAAGGUUAGAAAAAAAUAACAUUUUAUAUGAAAUUAACUAGCAAAAACUAAGCGUGGAAAAUUAUAACGAAAUAAUUAAAAAAUUUGAAGAUAAGGAAAGCAAAUAAAUUGAAGAUAUGAAAUAAUUAGAAAGAGAGUUUGAUAAAAAAUAGAAAGAUGUUUAAUAAUUAAAUAAAUUGUUAUCAGAAUAAGAAUCUAGACUUUAAAAUUAAAUUAUAUAAAUAUAAGAGUAAAAUAUCUAGCUAGAGUGUUUAAAGCAAAGAGAAUAAGACUUAUUAAAUUAAAUUUAGCAGUAAAAUGAUUAAUUUGCAAUAGAGGGUAUUAAUUUGAGAAUGGAGAUCAAUGAAAAAAUGUCUUAGAUGUUAAAUGCUGAGAAAGAGAAAUUUAAUUAAUAAAUUAACAUAGCCAAUAAAAAAUAUGAAUAGAAAGAUGAUGAAAUCAAUUAACUAACCUAAAAAUAUAAUUAAGAAAUAACAGAAAAUGAUAAACUAAUUAAAAAAGUUGAGGAAUAUCAACAAAAAUUGAAUGAAUAAUUCAGAGAAAUGACUGACACAAAACAAAAACUUGAAUCUCUUCAAAAAGAAUAUUAAUAAUAAAUCCAUAAAAUAAUUAAAACAAAUGAAUAGAAUUAAAAAAAAGACUAAAACAAAAUAGAAGAGAUUUCAGAAUAACUCAGAGCUGCAAUUUAAGAAAAGGAAACUAUUGAAUAGAGACUCAAGUCUAAAAGAGAAGAUGCAUAGAUUUGGGAAGAAAAGUACAAAAAACUCCUUCAAGCAAAAGAAAUAUAACAAUAUUUUGAUUACUAAAAUUAAUUAACAAAUAUAAAAGAAGAAAGCGAGCAGUAUAAUCAAAUGAUAUUGAAUGCCUACCAAUAAUAAAUUGAAGAAAAAAACAAUGAAAUCAAAUGCCUUGAGGAAGAAAAUUAAUCCUUACAAUAAUAAUUAUAAAAAAUGGUCUUGCUACAAAACGAAACUUAUUCUUAAUAAUCUGAAAAAUGUAAAAAACUCCAAGAAGAAAUCUCUUAAAGAGAAAUUCAAAUUGAAACUUAAACAAUUGAAAUAAAUUAAUUGAAGAAAUAUAAAUUGGAUUAAGAAUCUGAAAAAUAUUAGUGGUAAAUGUAAAAGAGCAAAAUAGAAAACUAACUGGAAGUUCUGUAAAAGUAAUACUCAGAAUUAGAAAAAUUCAAUCAAGGCCUUAAUUCUCUACUUUAGUAGAGGUAAUCUGAGUUCCAACAAAUAUAAGAUGAUUACGAAAGAGUCAAAAAAGAAAAUAGAGAUCAUUAAAGAAUUAUUAAAUAAAUGGAGAUUCAAAUUGAAUCAGAAUAGCUACAAAAUAAAAGAUUGCAAAGCCAAAAAAAAGAUGAUGAAAAUAUAAAACAAAAUUUAAUUGAGAGAUUGAAAAGCUUAGAAGAGGAUUCAUCACAAUAAAAUAAAAGAUUUGUUGAAAGUCUUUAGCAAAUAAAUGGAUUAAAAGAUAGCUUUAAAACAAAAAAUAAUGAGUUAACUAACUUUUUAUCAAAGUUAAUAACUUAGUAUUAAGUUAAUUAAAUGCAAUCUAAUAAUUGA